GUACUCUUAUAUGUGGUACUAGCUAUUAUGCUUGUCAACCAACCCAACAAGUACCAGACAUCGAGAGAGCCACCGAGCCAUCGAACCAUCGAGAGAGCCAUUUGAAAUGGGAAUUGUAGAAGAAGCUCACAACGUGCGGGUCCUGGGCUCAGGCCAGCAGGUCAUAGUCCUAGCCCACGGCUUCGGCACCGACCAGUCGGUCUGGAAGCACCUCGUCCCCCACCUCAUCGACGACUACAGAGUCAUCAUGUACGACAACAUGGGCGCCGGAACAACAAACCCCGAAUACUUCGACUUCGAACGCUACGCCACCCUCGAGGGCUACGCCUACGACCUCCUCGCCAUUCUCGAGGAACUUCGGGUCGGGUCUUGCAUCUUCGUCGGCCACUCUGUCUCCGGCAUGGUCGGCGCCAUCGCCGCCAUCACCCGCCCCGACCUCUUCACGAAGCUCGUCAUGAUCGGCGCCUCCCCUAGGUAUCUCAACGACGUGGACUACUACGGCGGGUUCGAGCAGGAAGAUCUGGAGCAGCUGUUCGAUGCGAUCCGAUCCAACUACAAGGCGUGGUGCUCUGGUUUCGCACCCAUGGCGGUCGGCGGGGACUUGGACUCGGUGGCGGUCCAGGAGUUCAGCCGGACCCUCUUCAACAUGCGCCCCGACAUUGCCCUCAGCGUCGCCCAAACCAUCUUCCAGAGCGACACGAGACAAAUUCUCCAUCUGAUCACAGUGCCCUGCCACAUUUUGCAGAGCGUAAAAGACCUCGCUGUCCCUGUCGUCGUCACAGAGCAUCUGCACCAGAAUCUGGGCGGCGAGUCAAUCGUGGAGGUCAUGUCAUCGGACGGUCAUCUUCCGCAGCUGAGCUCGCCGGAUAUUGUUAUACCGGUGAUGCUCCGGCACAUUAGAUACGAUAUUGCGGCGUAAUUGUAGUAAAAAAUAAUUAUGAUAAUAAUAAUGUAGGUGGUGGGGGUGAUUAGUUUUUUUUUUGGUUUGUUUUUGUUGAUGUUGUUUUUGGUGGUGGGUGUGGCUAGAUUGGGGGCCAUUUGUUAGCUUUGGGACGAUAGGUUUUUGUUGAGGUAAAUGCUAGCCUUAUAAUAUUUUUAUACUAUAUCACCUCUUUAAUAGAGAUGGAGCUCACCAAUACAAUUGGGUCAUCUUUAUUAGAGAGACAGUACAUAAUGUGAUAUAAAAAUGUGGUAAGUUUAGUAUUUUCCUUUUUAUUGUGUGGUCUUUGUUGGUUGUCGUGUUCAAAAGUCGUGGAUGGUGUGUGAUGCUGUUGAUCA